CAGUGGUAAGGUUGUGUGGUCGGCGCUCUUAUCCCGUAAGCGAUGAGUGUUCCCGAACAUCAAAACGGAGCGCUACUACGAGGUCCGCUUCCUGACAUUCAAGAAAAUGAACUCCUUCAUGCAGCGCCUUCGGAAGUAAAAGUUAUAAUAAGAGAAAAUCCUCUUCAAGAAAGACCCUCCACUGCAUCCAAAGCUGCUGGUACCGAAGAAAAGGAAAAAAAACCUCGAACACAAUUGGAGAAAUUUUUAAUCUCGACCUGCAUCUUGUUGUCAUCAUGCGUGGUAGUCCUGCUGCUGCUGCUCAUGUUCCAGACAUAUAUGACAGAUAGAGGAAGAGUAUGUCUAACGGCUGAGUGCGUCAACACAGCGUCGUCGCUGCUGGCGGCCAUGGACCAGACGGCCGACCCUUGCGACGACUUCUUCCAGUUCGCGUGCGGCGCGUGGAACAAAAAACACAUCAUUCCUGAGGACCGCUCCUCCAUAUCCACCUUCGAGGUCAUGAACGAUCAGCUCGACCUCAUCCUCAGAGAUCUGCUUCUGGAACCCAUGGCUCCUGACGAAGGUGAAGCCACCUUGAAGGCCAAGAAAUUUUUCACUUCUUGCAUGAACACCAGUCAGAUCGAGGUGGUGGGCGACGAGCCGCUGAAGGAGGUGAUCAGGUCGCUGGGCGGGUGGCCCGUCAUAGAGGACAGCUGGCAGGAGCCUAACGUGAGCAUCGAGACGCUCAUUGGCUGGCUCAGAGGCCGCCUCAACCAGGGCACCCUCAUCGAGCAGUGGGUCGGACCUGAUGAAAGGCCAGGAUCUGUCUUGCCUCAGUUAGACCAAAUGGAGCUGGGGCUGCCGGACCGCGAGAUGUUCCUCAGCGGCCAGUCCCUCGAGCCUCCGCCCUACCUCCAGGCCUACCUCAAGUUCAUGACGGAUGUAGCGGAGCUGAUGGGGGCGGACCGAGAGAGCGCGAGAAGCGAGUUCGAGCAAGUCAUCGAACUCGAGAUCAGACUUGCAAACGCGACGGUACCCGAGUCAGAGCGCCACGACACAGGCAGCAACUACCUGCAGCUCAGCCUCAGGGACCUCAAGACGGAGGUGCCCGGGAUCCUGUGGGACGAUUACCUUCGGGCGUUCCUUGGGUCUGAUCUGCGCGAGACCGAGCCCAUCGUGGUCUACACCAUGCCUUUCCUCAAGAGGCUCGGCCACAUCAUGUCAUCUACGGACAAGAGAGUGCUGUGGAACUAUGCCAUGUGGCGCAUGGUGAUGAAGGUGACGCCGCACCUGACGCAGGAGUACCAGUCGCGCAGCCACGAGUUCCAGACGGUGCUGGUGGGCGUCCAGAGCCGCCGCAAGCGCUGGAGCCUCUGCAUCGAGUCCACCAACAAGAGGCUCGGCAUGGCCGUCGGGGCGCUCUUCAUCAGGGAUAACUUCAACCACGAGAGCAAGGCAACGGCUCUGGAAAUGAUCCACACGCUGAGGGAGGCGUUCUCAGAGCUGCUGGAGGAGAACGAGUGGAUGGACGACGAGACGCGGGCGGUGGCGCGGGAGAAAGCCAACGCCAUGAACGAGAAGAUCGGCUACCCCGACAUGCUCACCAGCCCCGAGCUGCUCGCGCUGGAGUAUGAGAACCUGACGAUUGUGGAGGACGAUUAUUUGGGCAAUAUCUUCCGCUUCAUGGAGUUUAAGGCAAACAAAAACCUGGGGCGACUUCGACAGGAGGUUAAUAAGUCCAAGUGGUCGACAGCGCCCGCCGUCCUUAAUGCCUUCUAUAACCCUAACUUUAACGAUAUUGUUUUCCCGGCUGGGAUCCUGCAGCCUUUGUUCUACUCGCAGCAUUUCCCAAAAUCUUUGAACUACGGCGGCAUAGGGGUCGUGAUUGGUCACGAGAUGACGCACGGCUUUGACGACAAAGGCCGACAGUUCGACAAGAACGGCAACCUGAAGCAGUGGUGGAACAACCGCACCAUCAAGGCCUUCAGGGAGCGGGCACAGUGCAUCAUCGACCAGUACUCGAAGUACAAGGUGGAUCAGGUGAACAAGUUCUCGGACGGUCGCAUCACGCAGGGCGAGAACAUCGCCGACAACGGCGGCAUUAAACAGGCAUACAGGGCCUACCGUCACUGGGUGGACCGCAACGGUGAGGAGAACUUGCUACCAGGCAUCGACCUCACGCACGACCAGCUCUUCUUCCUCAACUACGCGCAGAUCUGGUGCGGCUCCAUGCGGCCAGAGGAGACCAAAAUUAAGAUGCUGGUGUCGGUACACUCGCUGGGACCCAUCCGAGUCCUAGGGCCUCUCUCUAAUUCAUAUGACUUUGCACGGGCCUAUAACUGCCCGGUCGGUAGCAGAAUGAAUCCUGAGAAGAAAUGCUAUGUGUGGUAAAUGUUCGUUGUGUACAAUAGUGAUAGUAUUCGUGGUCGUGAAUUUAGAGUAACAUUACGUCAUCCGGGUAGAGAAGUGUACUUCAAUUUCCCGAAAAAUCGAAGAAUUUCUCGUUUCAGAAAUAUGCGCGCAAAACAAAAAUAUUCGAAACUAAUCCGGCUGUUGAGUGCCCGUGCUUUGAUGUACGCGGGAGCUAAUUAAGCCAUACCUCUAGUCCUGGGAUAGAAUUAUUUAGUAGAAUCACUGUACAGUUAUCCCGUCGGCAAGCUCAUCGAUUGCAGUAGAUUGGUUCGGGCAAAUUUUAUAAUGCAGCAACUCGAUCGCGGGUCUCCGAGUGCCGCUGGAAUUGAUACGUUAGAUGAACCCUUCGUUUUGUAAGCGGUAUAGUCCCAUUACAUGGAUUUUAGUCGUCACUAAAAUACAAUUUGUUUCGUGCCUGAAACGAUCAGAUAUCAAAGCAUCGAUUCAUGAUCGAUUCUUUGCCAAAUCUUCCGUUGCCUGGAGACGUGUGUAUCCUAAAGAGUUUACGAAAAAGCAUUUGAAACGAACGGUAAAUGCAACUCGAAUAUUGCCUAGGCUUUCUAAUUAUAAUGAGAAGUUUUCAGAAUCCGGUAAUGAUUAUAAUUGAGGAGAUAGAGGGAUUGACCUGGGAACAUGUGAAUGAGCGAGAAAUACUACAGUCCCGGGAGAAUUGUGUUCCAGGAGUAAUCCUAAUAGGUGAUCCUCUUCUUAACAAAUCCUACAACCAAGUAUUAAUCAACCAUGAUAACUACACCAAGACGGUAGAUCAAGUUGCCCGUCUUUGCGUCUGAGUUCUGUAGUUCGGUAACCGUGCAGCCUGUCGGCAUCAAGCGAUGCCCUGCUGACCAGCCCUCGCCUGCCGUUCAUCAACUCGUAAAUUGAUUGAAAUCAAUUUGUAAAUUGAUUGAAAUCAAUUUGUAAAUUGAUUUUAAAUCGAUUUAACAAAUUGAUUUUCAUGACCAAAUUUAGUUAUGUUCAUUUAGAUCGUGAAAAUAUAUGUUCUGCGGGGAAAUUUUUUUGUAGCGACUUGUCUCAAAUAUGGUGAAAAUAUCAGCAGUUGCCUAUCAAACGAUCGGGGCAAAUACCCGCUUUCGUUUUAAGCAAAUUUGUGCAUCGUAACAAUCUCUGUGAUGACCGCGUUGAGUUUCAUGAGUGAAUAAUCUCAGCAGAAUACACUAGUCCGUAAGGUCCCAGAGAGCUAUUAGAUUUGGUUGCACAAGCGCUGCAAGUUCGGCAGUCAAUACUUAUUCCUCCAGUCGUCAGGAGGCUGGCGCUGACGACAAGCAUGACUGACGCUGCCAGCAUACGUCAUGCUAGAGUCACGCCAGAACGCUUAGAUGUCUCAAAUCAGCAAUGCUGGAAGGCAAGCUUAUCAACGAGUAAUCGAUAUCAGCAGGAAAAAUAAAACUCAUCCAGUGGAUUAAGUGUAUUGCAACAUUUGGGACUGCUUAUAGUUCUUUGGGAAGAAGCUAACACGUUACGUUCAUAAACGUCGACGUGCCAAUAUUAACUAAAGUCUUGGGUGAUUAGCGUUGCUUGGCUACAAACACUUAGCUGUGUUACCUGGCGGUCACGAAGCUGCCAAAUCUACCUAUACCUAUAAAAAUAUUGCUUACGUAACUGAAGUUUAGAUAUUCAUUCUUACACCAAUGAAUAAGAUGUAUUUUCUUGCCUAAUCCCUAAGGCUAUAAUUUCGAGUUCAAUGUUAAUGUUUAGGACAGAGUAUUUGCCCUUCAGACAAACGUUUAUCAUCACCGAAAAUUAGACCGUACGCGUAACUAAAUAUAUUGAGCGUAUGAUUACCAAUGACCGAGAUAAUUAAUUAUCACUUCAUUUUAGGUGAAUAGAAGUGUUAGCACAAAUAAUAAUAAACGUUUAAAAAUUACUUUUUAAAGACA